AUGGCUUCUCAUCUUAUUCUUGAUGGUGCUUCCCAUAAAAUAUGGAACGAUGAAGGUGUUAGUGAUACUGCUGGUAUGCACAAAUUUAAACCACAUCAACCUGAUACUGGAAAAAUUAUGAACAAUGUUCUUGAAGCAAUUGGUAAUACACCAUUAGUAAAGUUAAAUAAAAUUCCUAAAGAAUAUGGUAUUGAAUGUAACAUUUAUGUUAAACCUGAAUAUUUAAAUGCUGGAGGAUCAGUUAAAGAUCGUAUUGGUGUUCGAAUGAUUGAAUUAGCAGAGGCUGAAGGAAUAUUAAAACCAGGAAUGACUUUAAUUGAACCAACAUCUGGUAAUACUGGAAUUGGAUUAGCUUUGGCAGCUGCUGUUAAAGGAUACAAAUGUAUUAUUGUUAUGCCAGAGAAGAUGUCAAAAGAAAAAGAAGUUAUUAUUAGAGCUCUUGGUGCAAAAAUAGUUCGUACACCAACAGAAGCUGCUUGGGAUUCACCUGAUUCACAUAUUGGUGUUUCUGCUAGACUUGAAAAAGAAAUUGAGGGUGGUAUUAUACUUAAUCAAUAUAAUAAUGCUGGAAAUCCAAUGGCUCAUUAUGAAUCAACAGCUACUGAAAUUCUUGAAUCAUUACAAAAUAAUGUUGACAUGCUAGUAGUUGGUGUUGGUACAGGAGGAUCUAUUUCUGGUUUAGCUAAAAAAGUUAAAAAAGUAGUACCAAAGGCUAAAAUUGUUGGAGUAGAUCCAGUUGGUUCUCUUUUAGCUGAUCCACAUAAUAGUGAGGUACACAGUUAUUUAGUAGAAGGAAUUGGUUAUGAUUUCAUUCCUGAUGUUUGUGAUCUAAAACUUAUUGAUGAAUGGAUAAAAGCAAAUGAUAAAGAUUCAUUUCUUAUGGCUCGUGAAUUAAUAAGAAAAGAAGGAUUUUUAUGUGGUGGAUCAUCGGGAUCUAAUGUUUGGGGUGCUCUUCAAGCUGCUAAAAAGUUAAAAAAAGGACAAAAUUGUGUUGUUCUUUUACCUGAUGGUAUUCGAAAUUAUAUGACAAAAUUCUGUGAUGAUGAUUGGAUGUUUGAACAUCAUUUUAUGGAAAAACCAAAUCCAAUACCUAUAAUUCCAAAAGAAGAUCAUCCAUUUAAAAAUGGUCUUAAUUAUGAUCCAUCAAAAAAACCAUCUGAACAAUGGAAAUAUCCCCCACCUGCACCAGCAUUUUACCCAAUCAAGAAAACUCUUAUUAAUUCUAUUCUUGAAGCAAUAGGUCAUACUCCAUUAGUAAGACUUAAUAAAAUGCCAAAAGAAUUAGGUAUUGAGGCUGAAGUUUUAGUAAAAUGUGAAUAUUUUAAUGCUGGUGGUUCAAUAAAAGAUCGUGUUGCUCUUCGUAUGGUUGAGGCAGCAGAAGAAAGUGGAGUCUUGAAACCGGGAAUGACAAUUAUUGAACCAACAUCUGGUAAUACUGGAAUUGGAUUAGCACUUGUUUCUGCCGUUAAAGGAUAUCGUUGUAUUAUUGUUAUGCCUAAAAAAAUGUCAAAAGAAAAAGAAAUAGCUUUAAAACUUUUAGGAGCAGAGAUUGUAAGAACACCAACUGAGGCAGACUCUGAUUCACCUGAUUCACAUAUUGGUGUUGCAAUUAGAUUACAAAAUGAAAUCCCUAAUUCAAUAAUACUUGAUCAAUAUACUAAUUUUGCCAAUCCCCAGGCUCAUUAUGAAUAUACUGCUGAGGAAAUUUUGUAUGCCUGUGACAACAAAAUUGAUUCAAUUGUUAUUGGUGCAGGUACUGGAGGAUCUGUUACAGGAAUUGGUAAAAAAAUAAAAGAAAAAAUUCCAUCAUGUCAGAUAAUUGGUACAGAUCCAGAAGGAUCAUUACUAGCUAAUCCAGAUGUUAAAGAAAUUCAUGGAUAUGAAGUUGAAGGUACCGGUUAUGAUUUUGUUCCAGCUGUUCUUGAUAGAAGUGUUAUUGAUGUUUGGGUAAAAACUAAUGAUAAAAAUUCAUUUGAAACAGCAAGUAAAUUAAUUCAUGAUGAAGGAUUAUUAUGUGGUGGAUCAUCAGGAUCAAAUGUUUGGGCGGGUUUGGAGUGUGCCAAAAAAUUAAAAAAAGGACAAAGAAUGGUUAUUGUUUUACCUGAUGGUGUUAGAAACUACCUCACCAAAUUUGUUGAUCCAGCAUGGAUGAAACAAAGAAAUUACAAAGUGGCUGAAUAA